AUGCAAAUUUCAAGUUUAAGCUCUGCCGAGGAGGUGGCUGGAAGUACAGACAUUUUGUGGGGGAUUCUUCUUAGGGUGCCGUUGAAAUCUCUUCACCGAUUAAAGGUAGUUUCAAAGCGGUGGCUGACACUCAUCUCUAAUCAACGGUUCCGUAAGUCUCACUCCCUUCACCACCACCCGCGCCCUACUUCACUUAUUUUCUCUGACGGUGGCCAAUCACUCAUCCUCUCCUUGACCACCACCACAACCCCAACCCUUAGUGCUCUCAAUCUUGAUUUUCUCAACCAACCUGAAGUCAACGUUGUGCGCUCUUGCAACGGUUUUCUCCUUUGCAGCUCUGAUUCCGGCUAUUUCGUAUGCAACCCAAUCACCCGAGACUUCACCACUCUCACUUUGAGUAACCACCCAUUCAAAAACAAAACUAAACAUCUUUACCUUGCUUUUGACCCAUCCAUAUCGCCACAUUAUAAAGUUAUUUCAGUUGUACAAUGGGAUGACAAAUGGGUCUUCCAUAAAUAUUCCUUCAAACCCCGUUCGUGGGUUAGCCCUAGAGUUUCUUUCUUUACCACAUUAUAUGCACCUUAUGAUGGGGUUUACUGCAACCGUGCCAUUCAUUGGUGCAAGGGUGCUGAGUUCUUUGUGUAUUUCAAUGUUGAUACUAUGCAACUCAGAAAGUUGCCAGUGCCCUUGUUUCAUCGGGAUUGGGAUCCGGUGUGGCUGUACCGAUAUGUCCAUUAUUUUGGAGAGGCUGGAGGGCGUUUGUAUUUGGUGCUUGCGGUUGUUGCGCACUUUAUUCAAAGUGAUGUUUAUGAUAUUUUUGAGAUGAAGGAAAAUUAUAAUGGGUGGUCAUUGAAGCACCGUGUUAAUCUUCGUCUCAUUCUAAACAUGCAAGGGUGCACGCGAGUGUGCACGCGGAGGUUCACCAUUGUUCGCCCAGCAAAAGAAGAGAAAUCAAUGUUGAUUUUGCUUGUAACUCAAGAAACACUCAUAUUGUAUGAUCUUGCAAAUUCAAGAAAGUUAUGCGAGCUUGAGAUUGGACGGACAACAGCUGCUCAUAUACAGAGUAAUCUUGACAUUGGAAAAGUGUUUCAGUAUUUUGAAAACACUGCUUUUGUUACUGAUAAAGCAGACUCUACUUGUCAACUACUCGAUUUUCCUAGAUUGCUCUGUUGUCUAAUUCCUCAGUAA